AUGGAAGAGCUUCCUCACGAUCCGACGGCAGGCCACAGCGGCUUUGAACGGGAACUCUCGGACAAUUCGGUAGAGUAUCUGCUCUUCAUCAUCGGCCCUGAGUUGGAUAGUCGUGCGCUAUUAUCCCAGCUCGAAUCUCUGCGCAAAAGGGCGAUGGAGCUAUGCCGAGAUCUCACCAAGGACUAUAUCUGGCAGAGAGACGAGUUCAGUCUCGAGCUUAGAAAUGAAGCAGGCCUGUGGUAUCUCCACGGGAUGACAGAGUAUGGUGAUGCCGUCGAGGACGAGUGGCUGAUAGUCUACCUGAUACGACAGCUCAGCCGGGCUCAGCCCAACGUGUGGGCGCGCGUUCUCGACACGGAUGGUGAAUUCCUUCUCAUAGAGGCGGCCAACGUGCUUCCCAAGUGGCUCAGCCCGGAGAUUGACCGCAACCGCGUAUGGAUCCACAACGGGUCGCUGCUGCUCGUCCCCUGCGACGGCAAGGAGGACAGCAGCUCUCACAAGGCCAUCUCUCUCCCCGAGGCCGUCGACUUCAUAAAGUCAGGGGGAGGCAGGGAAAAGCUUGUUCACUCCAGUCUGGUAGAGGAGGAAGCCUUCUACCGCCUCAACAAGUACCCGGGCCAAGUGGUUGACUCGACGCAUCACUCCAAGGUGACGAUCCCACGGCGGCUGGCACACGUGCUGCACAUCCUUCCGCGCAGCAUAGCACCUGCUGUCGAGGCCUUCUACCUGCGCGACUCAUUGUCCCUCAAGCCCGUGCUGUCCAGCUUGGGGCCGCUGACCUUCCCGCCGCGGGACCUGGUGACGGUGAGCGUACGCUUCAGCAAGGUCCUCUUCGCGCAGCUGCGUUCGCAGCGAUUCGAAACACCCCCUCGGUGGGCGGACCUAUUCCCCAAGAGCCACGGCGGAGUAGGCACCUGGGAGCCGGGUCAGGGAGACGACGCCACGCAGAUGCUCGAGGCGGGCAUGAAGCUGACGUGCGGCUUCGAGAUGCUGGCUGCCAAGGCGGCCAAGAGCCGGAGCAGGGUGGUGCGCGAGAUGGCUCUCCUGAUAGAGGACAUGGACGAGGACGGAGACGAAGCUCUACCCUCGGACGCGGAUAUCAAAGCGUGGCCCGACUCUGACCGCGCCGACAGCGAGGCCUGGCUAGACAUUGACUAUGCGGACUUCGAGCGUGAGAUAUCCGGCAAACCUGCCAGGGGAUCUCAGCAGCAGCCAAAGACUGGAGAAGGGACCGGUGGUUUUGGCGAUUCCAACGCCCAGGAUAACCUGAGAAAGAUUGUCUCCCGGUUCGAGGCCUUUCUGAACGACGACAAAGCCGGCCUAGACGGUGCUGAGCUAGACGACAUGGACUUUGAUGACGGCGACGACGACGAUGAGACAGAUGACGACGACGACUACGAGGAUAAAGAAGUCAGCUUUGACGAGGAAGAGUUUUCACGAAUGAUGCGUGAGAUGAUGGGUCUGCCACCUAAUUUUUCGGAUCCGGCAGCAGCACCAGAAGCCAGCGACAAGGGCAAACAGAAGAAGAAAGUAGCGUCUGAAGGGCAUGGUAGCGACGAGGAUGAGGAUGAUGACGAAGACGAGGACGAGGAUAUCCAGAAACUGGCUUCCCAGAUGGAGGCUGAGCUGAAUAAACAUGGUGCCCUGAGACUCGACCCACCCAGAAAGGAGAAGAAGAAGAAGAAGGAGACUCUGAAGGAGUCGGCAGAAGACGGCAAGUCAGAUGAUGACGACCGAGAGGGCGAGAAGGAGGAGGACGAUGUCGACGACGACGACGACGACAGCGAAGACGAAGUAGAUGUUGAUUACAAUCUUGCCAAGAACCUCUUGGAGAGCUUCAAGAGCCAAGGCGGUAUGUCUGGUCCAACUGGCAACAUGUUAGGCAUGAUGGGCUUAAAUCUACCGCGGGAUGAAGAUGGCGGGCAAGAAGAUGACGAGGAUGCAGCAGGGUCUUUUUUCAAAAAGGUAAAAUCUGGUAUCUAG